AUUUUGAAUUUGUUUGAUUACAUUAUAAUUUCAAAUAACAAUAAUGUCAACUAAUAUGAAUGCAAAUCAGGUUAACGGCGAUAAUAAACGAAUUCAGAAAAAUAUUGAAGACAUCACUAGUAUUGAAGAAUUUGAUUUUGAAAAACUAGAUCUCUAUAGAGGGAAAACACCCGACGAUAUCAAACAACAAUGUUUACAGUUAUGUAAGGAUUAUCUGUCGGGUGAAUGGAUUCAACAAACAGUGGACACCAUUACAGUCACACGUAUAUGUGGUGGACUAACUAAUCAAUUAUAUUAUUGCGGUAUUAAUGAACCAAAAAUUACAUCAAAUAUACCGCACGAAGUGUCCAUCAGAUUUUAUGGAUCAAAAUAUUUCAAUAAUAUUGAUGUCAAUGUUGAUAACGAAAGAUUGACAGAUGUUAUCAUUGCCAUCACUGUAUCAGAUAAUAAACUUGGUCCAAAAAUAUAUGGCAUAUUUGAUAAAGGUCAAAUACAACAAUUUUAUCGGCACCGACAAUUCAAACUGGAAGAGCAACGCAACCCAAACCUAGUCGAUGAGGUGUUCCGCAAAUUGGCCCGAAUUCAUGCCAUGGAUGUGCCCAUCAAACGCAGUGAUUGGAUAUUCAAUGAUAUGGAUCACUCGUAUAGAGUAUUGUUUGAAGGAGACAUCAAUAUACGAGAAAUAUUUGAACAAAACAAUUGCGAAUAUUUAUUAAAAGCCGAUUUCAAGACCGAAAUUGAAUGGCUCAGACAACUUGUAGACAAAUCGGACAGUCCUAUUGUUUUCACACACAAUGACUUCCGCUCCAGUAAUCUCAUGAUAACCGAUACGCCCAAUGAAACCGACUGUUCAAUAGUUGUUUGCGAUUUUGAGUACUCGUCGUUUGGUUAUCGCGGUUACGACUUUACAGCCAUUAUGCGUGAAUGGGGCCGAAAACAGUUGGACUUUUCAGUGGACGACAUACCACAGGAUGAUUCAGUGGUGCGACCAAUGAUUGAGAUCUAUGUCGACGAAUGUCAACAAAUUUUUGGCGAACAAUACACAAGAAAUCCAAUCAAUUCUGUGGAUCGCAUCAUCCGAGAGAUCAAAAUAUUUCAUUUGGUUUAUAAUCUUUUUGGUGCACUUUUGACCCUCAAAUUGGAUGUAAAGAGUCAAUCGCUUUUUGCUAAUAUGAAAUUGCAAUUCCCUGAGAUGUCAUUCAAAAACUAUUUGAUACUCAAGAAAAAAAUUAUUGAUAUGAAUAUUAUUUGAUAA